GGAAGGUUAUCGUGACACCCUCAUGAGAUACUGAUAUCACCUGUCACUGUUUCUGAGGCUCCCUCUCACCUGCAGCAGCAUGAUGGAGUGACGGCACACGGAGAGAAUCCAUCCACAGACAAGAGCAGUGGCUGUUCAACAGUGUGAGAGCCACACAGCUAAAACUACCGGAGAAAGACAGAAACAUCUAAACAUCUCUGCAACCAGAAAUCAGAUUCUUGCUAUGUGACUUGCAUCUGUUCUCUGACUGGACCGCGACAUUCAAGUGACAAAUUUAAUUAUUGGAAGUUAUCAAUGCACUGAACAGUCAUGGAGAUGGAGUGCAGGGGUUCAUGAAUUGAUGUUACUGGACAUUUUGUACAUAUGAAACAAGUUAAGGACAACUUGAGAAACAAAAGUCAUUCAAUGUGAAGAUGGGAACACUGAUUCAACCAGUCCUUCUGCUGCUUCUAUGGCGAAGUCUGUCUGCCAUCGACGUCCCUGUAGAAGUCCGCCAGCCCCCCACCAUCAUAAAGCAGUCAUUGAAAGACCACAUUGUGGACCCCAAAGACAAUAUGGUCAUAGAAUGUGAGGCCAAAGGGAACCCCCAGCCCAUUUUUUCGUGGAGGCGUAAUGGUAAGUAUUUCAACGUGGCACGGGACCAGCAGACAUCGAUGCGGAGACGCUCAGGCACCCUAGAUAUCAAUGCCUGGAACAACCCAGAGGACUAUGAAGGGGAGUACCAGUGCAUCGCCUCCAACGAGUAUGGUUCAGCAUAUUCCAACAAGAUAGUACUGCGCCUCUCAAGGGCUCCCCUGUGGCCCAGAGAGGUGCUGGAGCCUGUGGUGGUCAGUGUGGGUCUUCCUCUGGUGCUGUCCUGUAACCCUCCCCCAGGGCCACCUAAACCUGGCACCUUCUGGAUGACAAGCUGUUCCUAUGCCAGGCCGUUCACCUGGCCCGUUCAGACUCCAGUUCCCACAAUGCAGGCUGUGCGGCAGGACCGCAGGGUGUCCAUGGGCGUGAAUGGAGAUCUCUACUUCUCCAAUGUACUCAUUAACGACUCGGCCACCGACUAUUGCUGCAACGCUCGCUUCCCCUACAAAAACAUUAUCCAGCAGAAGAUGCCUGUUGUGGUCAAAGUCCUAACAACUCGUAUGGUGGCAGAAGCUGCCCCCACCCUGCUGUCUCCCACGGGGACCUCCAGUACCGUCAUCGUCCUGCAGGGGGAGGAGCUGCUGCUGGAGUGUGUUGCUGCAGGAGUUCCAACUCCUCACAUCAGGUGGACCAAAGAUGGAGAUGCACUAUCCAUGACUAACAUGAAGGUGAAGAACUUCAACAAGCUCAUCCAAAUAUCUAAGGCUUCAUUUGAGGACCAGGGUGAAUAUGUGUGCACGGCGACCAACAAGAUUGGAUAUGUGGAACACACCAUAACUGUCCGAGUUAAAGCGGCUCCAUUCUGGUUGGAGAAGCCCACUGAUCUGGUGUUGGCUCCUGAGGAGAAUGGAGAGAUGGUGUGCCGAGCUGACGGUGUCCCCCGGCCUACUACAAGCUGGUUUAUCAAUGGAGAGCCAAUCGAAACUGCAACUCCCAACCCCAGCAGGCAGGUAUCAGGGGAUACAUUGAUCUUCCGCUCAGUAAAUGUAAUGAACACUGCUGUCUACCAGUGCAACACCUCCAACCAGUAUGGCUACCUGCUGGCCAAUGCCUUUGUCAACGUAUUACAUGCUACCCCUCGUAUCCUGACACCCAGGAACGAGCUGAUGAUGGUGGUGGAGGGCACUCGGACCACCCUGCACUGUCGUUAUUUUGGCUCACCUGUACCUGACUUGAGAUGGUCAAAAUACGGUCAGGGUAACCUGGAGGGAAACCGUUUCAAAAUUCUAAGCAACGGGACGUUGGAGAUCAGACGCACUCAUGUGGAGGACCAGGGAACGUACCUGUGUGUGGUGAGCAACCUCGCAGGGAGAGAGGAAAUCCAGGUCCGACUGGAGGUCAAAGAACCCACUAAGAUCGUUCAGCGGCCAGAGAACAUGAGAGUAUUGCGUGGCAGUGAUGUUCGGCUGGAAUGCAAGGAAAAACAUGACGUCUCUCUCUCCAUCACCACUACCUGGAUGAAAAACAAAGCGUUGCUCACACUAAGCUGGAGAGUGACACUGGAUGAAUCCUCGCUGGUGAUAGCAGGCGUGAACAGAGCAGAUGAGGGCAGCUACACCUGCAUAAUAAAGUCAGACAUAGAUGAGAGCUCUGCCUCUGCCCACCUCUUGGUUAUGGACCGCCCAAAUGCACCCACCAACCUGGAGUUGUCUGACCCUUAUGAGCGCAGUGUGAGACUGUCCUGGAUUCCUGGAGAUAGCAAUCACAGCCCUGUCAAAGAGUACCUUAUUCAGUAUGAUGAAGAUGAUUGGUUGCCAGGAAAGUGGAGAAAUCUCUCAACCUACCCUGGAAACCUUAACUCUGUCAUCCUGCAGCUCUCACCUUUCACCAACUAUGAGUUCCGGGUCAUUGCAAUCAACGAAAUCGGCUCCAGUAGGCCCAGUCGCUCUUCCAUGCGUUUCCAGACCAGUGGUGCACCUCCUGAUGCUAUCCCCAAGAACAUCAAAGGAGUGGGCACAUGGAGAAACAACAUGGAGAUCAGUUGGGAGCCUCUGAACAGCAGAGACUGGAACGGUCCCUACCUGAAAUAUCUGGUUUGGUGGAGAAGGAGAGACUCCAGAGAGGAGUGGAAGAAUGCCACAACAAAGUGGCUGAGAUACUAUAUAUACGACACAGACACCUUCACCCCAUAUGAGAUUAAGGUCCAGGCUUUCAACGACUUUGGCCUUGGCCCAGAGUCUCCGGUUAUCAUUGGCUACUCAGGAGAAGACCGCCCUCUGACUGCUCCCCUCAACCUGCGUGUGUCCAACAUAGAGAGCGAUCAAGUAGAGGUGCACUGGGACCCAGUAUCUCGAAACUUUAUCAUGGGAGAACCAAAGGAGUACAAGGUGUACUUCUGGAGAGACAGUAGUCAGCUACGGUGGCUAAGUGUCAGCAGGGCUAUGAAGUCUAAAGCUUUCUCAGUCGGUGACCAAGAAUACUCUGGGGUCCUGUCUGACCUAUUUGCCUACAGCAACUAUAAGAUGUACAUAGUGGUGGCGAACAACCGCUAUGAAGGCCCGCCCAGCAACACUAUACAGUUCUCCACACCUGAGGGAGUUCCAUCAGCACCUACGUCCUUCAGGAUUCAGCAGAGACAUCUUGACACCAUAUAUGUGGACUGGGACCUGCCUGCAGAGCCCAAUGGCAUCAUCACUGGAUACAGUCUCAAGUACCAGACAUUGAAUGCCACCAGAGGAGAGCCUUUACGCACUGAAGAAUUCCCUCCAAACGUGACCAGUUUUUCAGUGAGGCGGUACGACCGCUACACUCGCUACACUUUCUCCCUGGCGGCCCACACUCAGGUGGGGAUAGGAGAAUGGUACACUGAGGAAUCACCUCAUUACACCACCGAAGCUUACGCUCGGGACCAGGUGGACUUGUCGACUAAGGGCUGGUUCAUUGGUGUGAUGUGUGCUGUGGCUUUAAUCGUACUCAUCCUCCUGGUGGUAUGCUUUAUCAAGAGGAGUCGUGGAGGAAAAUACCCAGUACGGGACAAGAAAGAUGUUCCACUUGAAACAGUGGAUGACAAAGAUCAGGAGGGAUCAUUUGACUAUCGGUCUCUGGAAAGGAUAGCUCGGGUCUCCACCCUUCCCUACUCUAGACGAGAGGAAGAAAGGCAGAGGGGGCAGGCAUCUGUGGACUCCAUGAUGAAACACACGGAGAGUGACGACAGUCUUGUGGACUAUGGGGAUGGAGGGGAGAUUGAGUUCAAUGAGGAUGGCUCCUUUAUUGGCCAGUACACAGGAAGCAGAAAGGAUGUCAGGGAGGAAAUGGAUUACAGUGAGAGUCUGGAAAUUCACUCACCCAUGAACGCCAUCUACUCACUGGCAUAACCUGCAGCAACACAACAAACCUUUUUAAGCCAUCACUGGCUGACUGGUUUUGGACGCAAGGUAACCCCUGUGAACGGCCUCUGGCAGAACAUUACACCAUGGAGAAGGGAUCAUGGUGGGACCAUCUGCUUACAGCCAGAAGUCUCAUAGACAAAAAACAUCUGUCUUCUGAUUGGCCUAAGCUCAGAGAACAGUAAUGCCUGAGGCCCAAGUGUUCCCUUGGUCCUUUCUCACCUUGGUCUGCAUUGACAUUGGGUUAUGGGAUACAAUACUGCAGCCAUUUAACAAGGGUGUGAGGUGGAACUGCAGGCAAGGUGACACAUAUCUGGAUUGUGCAUUAUACAUUGGGAGCUUUUCUUCAAAAUAUUUAUCUGUAGUUAGUCACUUUUUGUAGUUAUGCGUGUGUGUGAGUGAAUGAGUGUGUGUGUGUGUGUGUGUUUGUGGGUGAACGUCUGUUUGUUAUGAGCUACGGUUUGCAUCGUGUUGUCCUUUGAAACCACUAAUGAAAAUAUAUUCUGUAUAUCAAGGGCAUUAAAGUGGACAGGUUUAUCAUGUUGAUAAAAGCAGUUUCAUUGUUUAGGACCGUUGUGCAUAUAUUUUAUUUCUCAAUUACCACAGUCUCUUUAACCUGUCAUGGUUUAACAUUAAUUUAGGAAGCAGAAAUCUUUGCAGAUGUUGUUAUUAUCAUGAUACUUUGGCAAUAGUUAAUCAGGAUCAAAUAUGCCUGAUGUUACAUCAGUAUUACACAGCAUUAUGCAUUUGCAGUAUGAACAUCUUGUAGGUGUGCCUACGGUUUCUCGAUACAAUGUUAAUAUGCGAAGGGAGCUGAGAGCGCUUCAUGCACUAACAUCAGUAGAGGAUUUGGUUUACUUAAAUCACAUCAACACAUUUAAUCAAUACAGACUUAACUUUUUUAGUUUUAAGCUGAUUGUAAUUCACAUACUUUCUCUUCUAAGACCAUAAAAAACUGCUUUUAGAUGAUGAUUUGUUUUUCUUGAGUUCAACAUGGACAGUGUUAACACAUAUAUCAUCACUCUGGCAUUAAAUUAAUUACUUCAUUGAUUACAUAAUGUUAUCAUCUUUAAAAAGUACAAUAAGGAUCAUCUUCAAAGCAUUGACUGAUUGGGCCUAAUUAUCCAACUCCAAAAGAUGCUGUAGUGUGAAAAGUGAGGGUAACAUAAUGUACUUGGUGAUAUGGUAAAGACUGAUAAAGCUCUAGUCUGGGACAAUUGGUCCAGCCUGAUACAGCCUGUUGGACUAAGGCAUAUCAGUAGUACAGGAGAGGUUGGAGAGUGUAACAUACCAUAAAGCAGUCAUAAAGCCAAUUUUAUCUCACUGUAAAAAAAUCCUGUAUCCUACUACUCAGAAAACAUAUAAAUAUCAUCCCUCUAAACCUUUUAUUUGGACGUCUAAAUGCACUUUUGUGUCGUGUUUGCUAAUAAAGAGCUUGUUUUGAUGGCAUCUCCUUAACUGUGUACUUUUUGUAUUUUGAGCAGGACAAAGACCGUAGGCAAACACAACAAAUCUUCAGUGGUAUUUGUCACAUUUGGAAUCAUUUGGUUUAAGUCGGUGGAAAUGUUUAACUUAAAUUUGUCACAUAACCAUUCCUAUUUUUGAAACGAAGAAUAAUGUGUUCACCUAAUUGGAGCAAACAUUUGGUUAAACCCAGGGACACUAGAUCCUAUCAUAAGGUUUGUGUAGGCUAUCUGAGCCUGCCCAACCCACUGAAUGAUAACACUUUUUCAGCCAAGAGAAACUGAUCAGGUAAGGAAAAAUAAGAAUAACAAAUCUUAUCUAACAACCAAUACCAAUGUUUUUAUGACCAGUUGACCAGGUUAUACAUUGGAAUGGGUCUUACAUAAUGCUAAUGCAAAGAAAAUAGAAGGAUGUUCUAUGUUACCUUGCCACCUUAAGUGUCGUCUUUCACUUAUCUGUCCAUAAAGAUCAUUUUAUCUGGUACCUUGUGAAGCUGACUAACUGAACUAUGAGAAAGAUAGUGUGCUAAUUAUUCAUAAUGUGCAAAAAAAAGCUAAUUGUGUCCUACUAGACUGGGUAUCACCAUGUAGCCUUUGUCCCCAUCUUAUCAACACUAUAUAAUGAGGGACAUCUUAGAGGGAGAGGGGCA